AUGGCUCCCUCAGCGGCGCUGAUGGAGCUGCUCGCGGGCUGCCCCGUGGCCGCUGGCGCCUUCGGCGCUGCCGCCGCGGCGAUCCAGGCGGGGGGCGCGGCGAAGCACCAUGCCGCCCUCGUCGCCGCCGCGGCGCGCGGAGCGGUGCAGGCGGGGAGCUGCGCGACCGCGGUGGAGCUGGGCGACGGCGCCAGCGGCGCGUGCGCGCUCCUCAAGGACAUGGAGGAGGUCCUCCUGGCAGUGGAAAGACUGCAGGCCGCAGCGACGAGCCUGGCGUCUCUGAGGCCAAGCGCUUGCUGCGGGAUCGCGGGCCGCCGGGGGCCCGCCUGGCUGCUCGGCUCGGCCGGCUGA